AUGGAGCAAUUCAGGCAGAUUGGAGAGGUGAUUGGAAGUCUCGAGGCAUUGAUGGUGUUUCAAGAUGUAAUACAGAUUAACCAAAGGCAGUGUGUUUUGCUGUUCAACAUGAUCACUUUUGCAUACAAUACAAUUGCAGAAGAGAUAAAAAUGAACCUGAAAUUCGAAGAGAAGAAUACCAAAUGGAGAGCUCUAGAAAGUCCACUGAGGGAGCUCCGCAGGAUCAUCAGAGAGGGAGAAUGUUACAUCAGACAAUGCUUAGAAACGAAGGAUUACUGGGCUAAAGCCAUAAGCCUCUACCAAAAUACCGACUGCGUUGAAUUCCACAUGCAUAACUUGCUAAGCUGCAUCCCAGUUGUCAUUGAAGCGAUAGAAAUUGCUGCAGAGAUAUCAGGAAAUGAUCAAGAAGUUAUGCAGAAGAAGCGACUCAUCCAAUCGUUUAAGUAUCAUAAAGAGUGUAGGGACGCCAGGAUUUUUGAGUGGCGUUUUGGUAAACAGUACCUGGUUAUUGAGGAUUUUUGCAAUAGGUUAAAGUCAGUUUGGGAGGAGGACAGAUGGAUGCUGAGGAAAAACCUGCAGGAAAGGAAAAGAUCUGCAAAUCUAACGAAGCAGGAGCAGCGACUCACAGAUCUUCUUUUGAGGAACUUGAAUGAGUCUGCAUCGGUAUACGAAAAAAUGUUGCCUUGCUCUACAUUAGUCAGCUCCAAGGAUUACUCGAUGAGAAGGCGGUUAGGGAAUGGGAGCCAGUACAAGGAGAUUCAAUGGUUGGGCGAGAGUUUUGCACUCAGGCACUUUUUUGGGGAUAUUGAGUCGCUUUUUCCUGCUCUUUCUCAAGAAUUAGCCCUUUCUCACCCAAAUAUAAUGCAUAUCUUUUGUGCAUUUACUGAUGAGGAAAAGAAAGAAUGCUUCCUAGUGAUGGAACUCAUGAAUAAGGAUCUCUUCAGUCAUAUAAAAGAAGUUAGCGGGCCAAGAAAGCGUGUGCCAUUUUCUCUAACUGUUGCAGUAGACAUCAUGCUUCAGAUUGCAAGAGGGAUGGAGUAUCUCCACUCCAAAGACAUCUACCACGGAGAAUUGAACCCCUCUAAUAUCCUGGUCAAGCCCAGAAACAUUAGUACAGAUGGUUACUUACACGCAAAAGUUUGUGCAUUCGGACCUUCGCUUGCCAAUGUGGUAAAAAAAUCCCAUCCAGAUAAUAAAAAUGGACAGCUCACAAUCUGGUAUGCUCCAGAAGUCCUUGCGGAGCAAGAGCAGUGCGGAAAUGGUGGUGAGAACAACUCCAAGUACACAGAGAAGGCUGAUGUGUACAGUUUUGGAAUGAUUUGCUUCGAGCUCUUAACUGGAAAAGUACCUUUUGAGGAUAGCCAUCUCCAAGGAGACAAAAUGAGCAGAAACAUCAGGGCAGGGGAAAGGCCACUAUUCCCAUUUUACUCACCAAAGUAUUUGACAAGCUUGACAAAAAGGUGUUGGCACACUGAUCCAAAUCAACGUCCAAGUUUUACGUCCAUCAGCAGGAUUCUGCGCUACGUAAAGAAGUACUUAGUGAUGAAUCCUGAAAAUGGUCAGUCGGAAACUCCAAUGCCCAUCAAAGAUUACACAGACAUUGAGGCAGGCCUGACAAGGAGCUUUCCUUCUUGGGGAAAUGCGACAAACUCUUUGACGCCCAUAACUCAGAUUCCAUUUCAGAUGUUUCUAUACAGAAUAGCAGAGAAGGGAAAAUCAAAUUCAAGCCCACAAGAAAAUUCUGAAUCUGGCAGUGAUGCUUCUGCAUGUGGGGAUGAGAGCGCAGCCGUGGAUGAUCCAUUACCAUCACCAUUACCAUCACCCUCUGAAAGACCAUCACCCUCUUCACGACGAACAAGCCCCUCUUCUGAAAUCGGAAGCCGGAGAGCAAAUUCAUCAAAAAAAUUAGAUGCCAAACCAACCAAACACCCAGGGACAGCCAAAGGGCGAGUUAGACCCCCACAGAUGUCUUCUUGUGGUCGGAGAAUAAGGAUGAAUUCAGAAAGCCAGUUAAUUAUAAUGAGCCCACGAAGAAGAUUAUCUGGCCAUGUCUCAGAUUCAGAGCUCUCGUAA